AAUUUGCACUAGAAUGAAUUAGAAAAAGAAUGAAAAUCUGCAGUGAUGGAGAAUAGGAUUUCAGGCAUUCAAGUAAACACGGAUAAAACAAAUCUAUCUAUGGAAAAAUCCAACAGCCCAGUUUAUGGCAGCCGAGAUCUGAUUGGUUCAGAUGAUGGCUCCAGCGUUGAAGAUACAGAUUUUAACUGGGAUGAAUAUCUAGAGGAAACAGCAUCAAGUUCUGCACCACACACCUCUUUCAGACAUGUGGAAAUCAGUCUUCAGAGCAGCUUCCAACCAGGAAUGAAACUGGAAGUGGCCAAUAAGAAUAAUCCAGAUACAUACUGGGUUGCAACUAUCAUUACGACAUGUGGACAGUUACUUCUGCUGAGGUAUUGCGGCUAUGGGGAAGAUCGCAGGGCAGACUUCUGGUGUGAUGUCAUGACGGCAGACCUACACCCUGUUGGUUGGUGUACACAAAAUAACAAAGUCUUGAUGCCUCCAGAUGGUAUAAAGGAGAAGAGCACUGAUUGGGCUGAAUUCCUGAUUCAUGAUUUGACUGGUUCAAGGACUGCGCCAGCAAAACUUUUAGAGGGACCUCUUCGAGGAAAAACCCCAGUAGACCUCAUUACAGUGGAUUCACUGAUAGAGCUUCAGGACUCCCAGAACCCCUUUCUGUACUGGAUAGUCAGUGUGAUAGAAAAUGUGGGUGGAAGACUACGACUGCGGUAUGUCGGACUGGAGGAGUCAGAUGCCUGUGAUCAGUCGUUGUUUUACUUGGACUGUAGACUUCGACCUGUUGGCUGGUGUCAAGAAAACCAGUGCAGGAUGGAACCACCUUUGGACAUUUGUCCACUGAAGACCAUAUCUGAAUGGAAAUGUGCCCUAGAGAAGUCCCUGAUAAUUUCUGCAAGGUGUCCUUUACCCGUUGAAGUUUUUAAGGAUCAUGCUGACCUAAGGAGCCAUUCCUUUACUACUGGAAUGAAAGUAGAGGCAGUGGACCCAACUGAGCCUUGUCAUAUUCGUCCUGCAACUGUGACUAAGGUUUUUAACAACCUUUAUUUCCAAGUAACUAUUGAUGAUUUGAGGCCAGAAGCAAAACAUGUGUCAAUGCUCUGCCAUGCUGAUUCCCUGGGACUUUUGCCUGUACAAUGGUGCCUUAUAAAUGGAGUAAAUCUCACUCCUCCGAAAGGGUAUCCAGACCAGGAUUUUGAUUGGGCAGAUUACCAGAAGCAGUGUGGAGCAGAGGCAGCACCAAACACAUCUUUCAGAAAUACAUCCAACUCUCGUGGUUUCACAAAAAGCAUGAAACUGGAGGCUGUUAACCCAAAUAAUCCCUCAGAAAUCUGUGUGGCAUCUGUGACCAAAGUAAAAGAGAGAUUACUAUGGCUCCAUCUUGAAGGAUUACAACAGCCACCUCCAGAAUAUAUAAUUGAUGUGGAAUCAGUGAAUAUUUUCCCUGUAGGCUGGUGUGAAGCAAAUUCCUACCCCCUGAGCACACCACACAGAGCAACUGUGAAAAAGAAGAGAAAGAUUGCGGUUGUACAGCCAGAAAAACAAUUGCCAUCCUCAGUGCCUGUGGAGAAAAUACCUCAUGACCCUUGUCCGUUUCCUCAAACCGAUAACUAUUCAACAGGAACCAGCAAUGGAAAAUACUGUUGUCCCAGACUGUAUAUCAAUCACCGCUGCUUUUCAGGACCAUAUUUAAAUAAAGGUCGGAUAGCAGAACUACCUCAGUCAGUGGGUCCUGGAAAAUGUGUUUUGGUUCUUAAGGAGGUCCUCAGUAUGGUAAUUAAUGCUGCUUAUAAACCUGGACGGGUCUUACGAGAGCUUCAAUUAGUGGAAGAUACAUCAUGGAAUUUCCAGGAAGAAACUCUUAAAGCCAAAUACAAAGGGAAAACCUACAGGGCAACCGUGAAGAUCGUCCGCACGUCAGACCAAGUGUCAGAGUUCUGCCGGAAAGUCUCUGCAAAGCUGGAAUGCUGUCCCAAUUUAUUUAGUUCAUUGUUGGUCACUGACGUGUGCCCAGAAAACUGCUCCAUACACACAAAAACCAAAUACACUUAUUAUUAUGGAAAGCGGAAAAAAAUAUCUAAACAACCAGUUGGACAACCAAGUUUAGAUGACAACCAAGCCAAACCAAUAAGACGAAGAAAGAGAAGGAAAUCCAUUUUUGUGCAGAAAAAGAGACGCACCUCUGUGGUUGAUGUCAGUCCUGUUGGGUCAGCUGAUGAAAGUGCUGAAGAUGAUGGAGGUGAAGAUGACACCGGAAGUGAAGAAACAAGUUCUGAAUUACGUGAUGAUCAUACAGAUACUUCUUCUGUUGAAGUUCCCCCUGUACGUCCACGAAGAGCUGUAACUCUAAGGAACAGUAUAGGGUUUGAAAGGCCACCGCUAGUAGAGAGGACCAGAAGAGUUAGGAAAACUCGUUCCCUGUCUUACACCGAAGAAGAAAAGGCUACAACUGUGAAAAAUGAGAAGAAGCAAGAGGAGGAGGAGGAAUGUUUAAUUCUAGAGAGCAAUCCGUUGGAGUGGACAGUAAAUGAUGUGGUCAAGUUUAUUAAGUCUACAGAUUGUGCUGCAUUAGCAAAAAUCUUUCAAGAACAGGACAUUGAUGGACAAGCUCUGUUACUGCUGACUCUUCCCACUGUCCAAGAAUGCAUGGAACUGAAACUGGGCCCAGCCAUUAAGCUGUGCCAUCAUAUAGAAAGAGUAAAAGUGGCAUUCUAUGCACAAUAUGCUAAAUAAAUCCUCUGUUCUGUUUUGCUGUACCCAAUGCAUUAUAACUGUUCAGGUAGAAGCAUGUGUUUUGACAAAAACAAAUCAAAAAGAUUAAAAAAGGUUCUUACUUUCCACAGAGACACAAUUUUAAAUACUGCUGCCAUCUUUCCAAACAGCUACAAUCAGUUUUUGCUACAGGAAAAAAAAAGCCUUUCUAUCCUAUAAAAGUUUAUAAUGAACCAAGUUUUAGAUUUUUGUCUUAUUUGCCGUAACUUUGGAUAAAAAAGGCAAAUAGUUUGGCACUUCUGACCUUUUAGCAAACUUUGUAAUCUUUCAUAUUGAAAGUGUGUGGUGAUUUUGUACCGUGAUCUGUGGCUGAUACAAGCUCAAAUAGAAGCAGUCCCCUUUUUAUUAUCCUGGUCAUUUUAAUACCAAUCAGUAGAAAAAAAUGAAGCCUUUCUAUGCUGGAGAGGUCUAUAUUUCACUGCGAAGUAAUAAAUUCUAGAAGGCUUCGCUUGCAGUUAAAAUGCCACUAAGCUAUAAACUUAGACAGUGUGUACAUAGUUAGCCAAGUGAUUGAAGGAUGUGCUAACAUCAGGCAUAAUAAUGGGACCACAGUACAAACAGUUGUUGUUGCUGCUGAUCUUUGUAAUAGUUCAUUGUGACAAAUAGGAACCUUUUUUAGAAAAUAAACUGCUUUACAGAUGGCCAUUAUUUUCAAUUUUGAUGUAAUUUUUCUGCCUGAUAACACAGACCCAUGCCAAGUGUCUAUUUAGUUUCAUAUUUUCCUAUAGUGCCAUGUCCAUUGCUUUCCGAGCUCUGGGGAUUUCUGUCAGUCCUCUGUUCUAUAAAUGGAUGCUUAAACACAAAACACACUUGUUUAAUUCACUUUUACUAGGAAAUACUAUUCAGCAGCGCAGGAACAGGAGGGGAGUACAUUUUGAGCAAUUUGGCAUUUCUAUAUAAUACUGGAAAAUGGUAUUGUGCUUUGCAUGGAAAACUGCAAAGACCGUAGAGACCAAAUACUUUUUUCAUUCAUGUGCAUACUCCAGAUGUGAAAAAUCCACUUUGUUUCGAAAAGGUUUUUUUUAAUUGGAAGUUUGCUGAAUGUCUUAAUUAAAAGGCACA